AUGAAGACACUUGUCCUCCUCUCUGCUCUUGUCCUGCUGGCCUUCCAGGUCCAGGCUGACCCUAUCCAAGGGACAGGUGAACAGACUAAAUCUGAGAAGCAGCCAGGAGAUGAACAGCGUGUCUUUUUUGAAGACCUAGAAGGCUCUCCUAUUCAAGAUGCAGAUGUGAAGUCAGGCUUGACCUGCUAUUGCAGACUCACAGGCUGUGGUUUUGGAGAACGGCUCUCUGGGACCUGCCGUUACCAGGGCCGCAUCUUCAGACUCUGCUGCCGCUGA